GGGCUGCUUAAAAACCAAAUCUUCCUCCCAGGAGGCCAAGUCCCCUUCCUCCUCAGCAGGAGGCUGGCCGGGGAGGCAGGGCACUGGGGACUGGCCCGGUGACUUAACACAGGCUGGCCUGCCGGGGCAUGAGUCCUGGGGACUGGCUCUUCAGGCCAAGAAGCCGCGCAGAGGCAACUUUGUAAUUAAUUCUGCGUCCACCUGGGGAAGUGAACAGUGUUACCUCUUCUUCAGCUCAACAUGCCUUGAGGCUGAAAAAUAGAAGUCUUCAUUUUCUACUUACUUGGGUGACAAAAUCUGAGGAAAAAAGUCACUGCUAAUUGAAAGAGAAAUACCUGCCAGGACAACGUACUUUCCUGCCGUGUAUGAACUAUGGGAUGUAUAGAAUCAAAAAGGAAAGACAAUCUGAAUGACGAUGGAGUAGAUUUGAAGACUCAACCAGUACGUAAUACUGACCGAGCUAUUUAUGUGAGAGAUCCAACAUCCAAUAAACAGCAAAGGCCAGUUCCAGAAUCUCAGCUUUUACCAGGACAGAGGUUUCAAACUAAAGAUCCAGAGGAGCACGGAGACAUUGUGGUGGCCUUGUACCCCUACGAUGGCAUCCAUCCGGAUGACUUGUCAUUCAAGAAAGGAGAAAAGAUGAAAGUCCUGGAGGAGCAUGGAGAAUGGUGGAAAGCUAAGUCCCUUUCAACAAAGAGAGAAGGCUUCAUCCCCAGCAACUACGUGGCCAAAGUCAACACCUUGGAAACAGAAGAGUGGUUUUUCAAGGAUAUCACCAGGAAGGACGCAGAAAGGCAGCUCCUGGCUCCAGGGAACAGUGCUGGCUCCUUCCUUAUCCGAGAAAGUGAAACGUUAAAAGGAAGCUUCUCUCUGUCCGUCAGAGACUAUGACCCCGUGCACGGCGACGUCAUUAAGCACUACAAAAUCAGAAGCCUGGACAAUGGGGGUUAUUACAUCUCUCCACGGAUCACUUUUCCCUGUAUCAGCGACAUGAUUAAGCAUUAUCAAAAGCAGUCAGAUGGCUUGUGCAGAAGGCUGGAGAAAGCAUGCGUUAGUCCCAAGCCACAGAAGCCGUGGGAUAAAGAUGCCUGGGAGAUCCCACGAGAGUCCAUCAAGUUGGUGAAAAGGCUGGGCGCUGGACAGUUUGGGGAAGUCUGGAUGGGUUACUAUAACAAUAGUACCAAGGUGGCGGUAAAAACCCUGAAACCAGGCACCAUGUCUGUGCAAGCCUUCCUCGAAGAAGCCAACCUCAUGAAGACCCUCCAGCACGACAAGCUGGUGAGACUCUACGCUGUGGUCACCAGGGAGGAGCCCAUUUACAUCAUCACCGAGUAUAUGGCCAAAGGCAGUUUGCUGGAUUUCCUGAAGAGUGAUGAAGGUGGCAAAGUGCUGCUUCCAAAGCUCAUCGACUUUUCUGCUCAGAUUGCAGAAGGGAUGGCGUACAUCGAGCGGAAGAACUACAUUCACAGAGACCUACGAGCAGCCAAUGUCCUGGUCUCAGAGUCCCUCAUGUGCAAAAUUGCAGAUUUUGGCCUUGCUAGAAUAAUUGAGGAUAACGAAUACACAGCAAGGGAAGGUGCUAAGUUCCCUAUUAAGUGGACAGCUCCAGAAGCAAUCAACUUUGGAUGUUUUACUAUUAAGUCUGAUGUGUGGUCCUUUGGAAUUCUCCUAUAUGAAAUCGUCACCUAUGGGAAAAUUCCCUACCCAGGGAGAACUAAUGCUGACGUGAUGGCUGCCCUGGCCCAGGGUUACAGGAUGCCUCGUGUGGAGAACUGCCCAGAUGAGCUCUAUGACAUUAUGAAAAUGUGCUGGAAAGAAAAGGCAGAAGAGAGGCCGACAUUUGAUUACUUACAGAGUGUCCUGGAUGACUUCUACACCGCCACAGAAGGACAGUACCAGCAGCAGCCAUAGAGCACGGAGACAGCUGUCACGAGGCCCAGGCGGCUGAGUCCCUCAGAGAAGAAAAGUAACAACCACUGGGUGUGCCGGUCCUCUCCAGCACAGGAAUCAUCUAUGGCUCCUGAAGGAAGAGGUUUAAUUUCUCAGGAAGAAUAUCCCGUAAAUGGGAAAGUAUUUUGUUCUCUUAGACUCAUGCCCUAGCGGGUUACGGCGUGGACUGGUCCUCAGCUGUAUUCCACUUUGACCAACGGCUGAAUACAACCUCCUGAGAAGAAAACAACUAUUCUCUCCAAAAAUGCACCCAAUUGGUCCUAUGUUUACAAUUGGACACAUGACUCCAAGAUUCAGAGACCAUUGCAACGAAUCCCUGAUAGUAGCAGAACUAGACCCGUUUAUAAAGCUGAAAUAACCAGACACAUAGCGUGACAUUUCUUUACAUUUUUCUCUAUGCUUUGGCUUACUUGUUAAAAAAAGAAAAAUUACUAAUCCACCCUAUUAGACUUUGCAGGUGAAAUCAGCCACUUAAAAAUGUCUUUCCCAGAGUUCUGUGGCUUAUUGUUUUUCUUACCUGGACCCUGCCCCCCUGAAAUCUGAGGCUGUUAAACACGUUCGUUCUCUGAACACCUCUCAGGUCCGCCAGACUUGCAGCAGCAUGCCCGUCUCUCCUGUCCAGCAGGAGUGUCACUUGGGGGCCUGCACAACUGCCACAUGGUGCAAUGUGGACCUCUGACCUCGCAGGGCUCGCCCACACCUCCCAGGAGGGGAGCCUCAGAAGUCAUAUUUUUAAUGGUCCAGCGCUUUCCUUUCCGCCAUUUCUUAGAUACAGACUUUUUAGACAAUGUAGGAUUAGGAUUCUAAUCUCUGCAGAACUUCAUAGGGCUUUUUAAAACAUUGGAAUUUCCUUUAUUGCUUCGAAAGAUUUAAACAUUAUUUUCAGGAUCAAAUAUUAAUUUUAGUUGUACUCUAGAAAGAAAAAAUGCCAUAUUUGGGGCUAUUUUUGUGAUUCAGCAAUCUGUUCUAAAUUGUGUAAGGUGUGUGUGAGACUAUUUAUACUCAAGGAUCUGAAGGAAACCGUGUGACUUCAGAGGCUCUGGGGAGCCGGAAUGGCAGGAAAUUGAAGGGAUUUUGUUUACUAAAUCUUUCUACUGUAAGCUUUGAAUGGAAACUGCUCCAUCACGUUGUUUCACUUACGCUGUCGUGUAUAUACCUAAUAUUUCUAUUUUUUGGAUUUUAUUUUAAUACACCUGGCCCAAAUAACA